AUGCGGGCCUACGAGUACGAGACCAAUGGUUACCACCGGGAAGUGGAAGAUGAGUACGGAGACGAGUACUAUGAUCAAGAUGAGUAUGAGGAGGAGGGUUUGGGUGCUGGGGAUGAGUAUGUUGAGGAGGAAGAACCUACAGAGGGACAAAAGGAGAUCCUUGAAUUGAGAGAACGAUUAAAAGAGCAGAUUAGGCGAAAGGCAAAGGCUGCUGCUGCCUGCACGGCUGGCCGCUCGUCUUCUUCACAAAUACCUCAAGCCAGGGACAAAUUUGGCUCUUUCUUUGGGCCAUCCAAGCCGGUGAUUUCUCGUCGAGUGAUUGAAGAAAGAAAAUCAUUGAAAGAACUGCAUAGCACAAUUGCAAGGGAGCCAAGGCCUUCUGGAGUACAUAAGGAUAUUCCAUCAUCCUCUAAAGUGCAAAGUAAAGGGAAUGGACAUCAGCAUAAACAGAAGAUUGUUAAUCAGGAGAAACCUGCUGCUAGAUCUUCCUUGACUCAAAGGGCUGAUCGCGAGGUGAUGCAAUCAACAGUAAAGAGCAAGGCACCAACAAGUCAACCUGCACGUUUAUCAAAUGGAUAUGGACCAAAGAACACAAUAUCAACUCAAAGGCAUGCUGAAGGUAGGGUAGAUUCCAUGAGAAAGGAGGCUUUCUUGAAUAGAGAAAGGGUUGUUUCACGUGAAAAUGAGAGGGCGCAUAGUAUUGCAAGAAAUGGAUCCAACCAGGCAAGCACUAGCAAAACCACAAUCCAAAAGCUUCCAAGCAGAGGUCCUAUUGCUAAUAAGCAACCUUCCAAGGAUUUGAAUGAUGCAACUCUGCGGAAGAGCAGUGUAGCCUCGAAGCACCAUCUCUCAGAGAUUGACAGACCAAAAUCCUCUCAAAGUCAGAGGAUGCAGUCAGCUGGUCAGAGACCACAGCAUUCUUCCCACGGUCAGAGGCCACAUCAAUCCACGGAGCAUAGGCCGCAGCAGUCAUUGCAGAGUCGGAGGCCACAGCAAAUGACACAGGGUCAGAAACCACAACAGUCUUUGCAGAGUCAAAGGACUCAACAGUCCUUGCAGAAUCAAAGGCCACAGCAGUCCUCACAUAUUCAGAAAUCGCAAUCCUCACAAACACACAGACCACAGUCCCUACAAGGACAAAGGCCUCUUUCUUCAAGAAGGUAUGAUCCUAGUAGAUAUGCAGGCAGAGAUGAGGAUGUCAGUGACAUGGAAGCCGAUUUUGCUACUAUAGAAAUGGAAGAGAAAAGAAGCGCGAGGAUUGCUAGGCAGGAGGAUGAAGAGCAACUUCGCUUGAUUGAGGAAGAAGAGAGACGCGAGCAGGAGAGGAAGAGGCGAAAGAUGGCACGAGGCCGAUAG